AUGAAGGCAGCGGGUGUUUUCGAACAGCUCGCCAACGAAGGCCAUAGUGACAGCCAGUUCUGGAUCGGAAUGUGUCUCUACUGGGGCCGGGGAGUAUCGGAGGACGAAGCAAAGGCAUUCGAGUGGUACAACGAGUCGGCCAACCAAGGCAACUCGUAUGGGCAGUGGAUGGUUGGUUGGUGCUACUGUGGCGGACGCGCUACGAGCCUGGACGAAUCCAAAGCACUUGAGUGGUAUCGCAAAUCAGCCGAGCAAGACAAUCGAUAUGGACAGGCUGAACUCGGCGACUGCUAUCGAUUCGGCGUUGGUCUUGCCGAAGACACCAACAGUGCCAUUAUGUGGUAUCGAAAGUCCGCCGACCAAGGUCAUGAAGAUGCCACCAACAGACUCAAGGCCCUCAAUAUGUAA